ACCCGGUGGGAAGGCUGACGUGGCGCCCGCGCCUCCCUCCGUGGGACAGUGGGCGCGCUCCCGUGGCCAUGGGGGCAGAGGGGGAGCGGAGCGGGGCCGCGCCGUCCGUGCUGUUCCUGCACCCGGACCUGGGGCUGGGAGGCGCUGAGCGCCUGGUGGUGGACGCGGCGCUGGCGCUGCGGGAGCGUGGCUGUCGGGUGCGGCUCUGGACGGCGCACUACGACCCGGGGCGCUGCUUCGCCGAGACGCGCGGCCUGGAUGUGCGGCAGGCGGCGGGGUGGCUGCCCCGCAGCCUGGCCGGCCGGGGGCAUGCCCUGUGCGCCGCCCUCCGCAUGGCUUUCCUGGCGUUCUACGUCCUGGUGCUCAGCGGGGAGCGCCCCGAUGUCUUCGUGUGCGACCAGGUGUCUGCUUGCAUUCCUGUACUUAGACUGGCCAGACCCCGUAAGAAGGUUUUGUUUUACUGUCACUUCCCUGAUCAGCUUCUGACCAAGAGAGAAUCUUUUCUGAAGCGCAUCUACAGAUUACCACUCGACUGGCUGGAAGAGUACACGACUGGCAUGGCAGACUGUAUUGUUGUGAACAGCAUGUUCACUGCCAGUGUGUUCAAGGACACGUUUAAGUCCUUAUCACACAUAAACCCUGAUGUCCUCUAUCCAUCGCUCAACAUCAGUAGCUUUGAAACAGUAGUUCCUACAGACAUAAUGGACCUGAUACCGAAGAAGAAAAAGUUCUUGUUUCUUUCCAUUAAUAGGUAUGAGAGAAAAAAGAAUCUGCCAUUGGCUCUUGAAGCUUUAUGUGAGCUUCGAGGAAGGCUUGAUUCUCAUGAGUGGAAUGAAGUUCACCUGGUUAUGGCAGGUGGUUAUGAUAAAAGAGUUCUGGAAAACGUGGAACACUAUGAAGAGCUGAGGAGACUUGCAUCCAAGCUUAAUGUUAAUGACCAUGUCACUUUUCUGAGAUCGUUCUCAGAUGAACAGAAAAUCUCUCUUUUUAGUAACUCUGUAUGUGUGCUCUAUACACCAAGCAAUGAACAUUUUGGCAUUGUUCCUCUGGAGGCAAUGUACAUGAGAUGUCCUGUUAUAGCAGUUAAUUCAGGUGGUCCUUUAGAAUCAAUCGUGCAUAAUGUUACAGGAUUUUUGUGCGAUCCUGUGCCAACGCAAUUCUCUGAGGCCAUGUUAAAAAUUGUGAGAGAUCCUCUCUUAAAGGACUCAAUGGGAGCAGCUGGGAGAGUCAGAGUUAUGGAAAAAUUUUCCUCAGAAGCAUUUGCAGAACGCCUGUACCAAUACAUACGCAGAUUAAUACAAUAGAAUUAGAGUCCCAUAGUGCAUUUUACAGCUUUGUAUGUCUCAUUUGUACAGGGGACUGGUAUUGAUCAUGACUGUAAUGAAGAACCCAAGACUUCUGAAUUUCCUUGUUAUUUUCCUUGUGCUGCCUUUUGUCACUUGAUACAAAGAACAAGCAAAACAUGUCCCGCCGUCUCAUUAGAAGGUUAAAAUUUUGGUGAGCUAACUUGAUCUGAUCUGCCAUUGUGGGAGUUCCUUCAUGUACUGUGCCUUGGAAAAAUUUAUAAUUAAAUGGCAGUAACUUACUAGGAAAUUACUGCACGUUUUACUUUUAAUACUGUAUGGUGUGGCUGAUUCAGUUUACAAAUAUGGGUUGGUAUAGAUAAGCAUAGCUUUAUUCUUAGGUAUUUAAGAUGUUCAUCAGUAAUUUUAAAGUAAAAGAGCUAUUUUGGCUGAAGUGUGGAGAGAAUUUCACAGGCCAACCAACUGCUUGUUUAGAACACUAUUAGGGAUAUGAAUGGUAUGGUUUUAAAGUGAUUGACUUUUUCCUUACUUAAAUUGCAUCAUUUAGUCACACUGAGUGUCACAAACAGUUGUACAAGUGUGUGAGCAGGAGGAACCUGAGACGAAUAAAACCAACAACAUCGGACUACCUCAGGCAGAAAUGUUAGUGCUGAAAUUCUGCACCUAUGCCAGUAUCUGCAGUGCUUAAGGAUGUAAUUUUACUUCCAUAGUUUCUGAUUUAUAGAGACUUAAUUGAUAUCCCCUCUAUUCAAUGUUAAAUUCUAAAUGAGAGCACACUUCACAAAAAAGAAAUUGUUAAUCUAGAACAGGCAAUAAAGACAUUUUAUUCUGCCUGGUUUUGUGGUAACUUUUCAGUAUAACUUUGUUGAAUAGUUUUGCUGGGAGAUACUUUUAUCCUAAUGCAGUGACUGCAGAUGUGACAGUAAUUUAGUUUUCUUCAAGUGUAAUACAAAGUCUGGGGACAGGAAUAUCUGUUUGGGUUUGGAUUUUUUUUUUAUCUACCUCUCUUUUUAGCUCAUCAGUAUUAGUUGUUUAUUCUGUUUGGUUUCCAAUAAUCCGUACAGUUGAAUUUUUAGUCUGAAAAUGGAUGGAGUAACUAUACAACUUCCUCAUUCUUUGAAAUCUGAUUUUAUCCAUAAAAUACAGCUUGGUAGUCUGAGUUCUGCAAUUUGUAUUUAAGAUGGUUUCAGACAUUUUCAUGCUCAGUACCUCACAACAGAGAGACCAGUCUUUCUGUUGCUUAGGACUGCAACCCAGGUCUCAGUAUAAGGCUUCUAUUUAGAGUAAAACUAACAAAAUCCACAAAUAAACUCUGUCCUUGUCUUUAGUUAGAGAGUUGGGAUGCAAUAAUGCUUAUUGAUCGUGGGUUGGGAGCAAGUAGGCUCAUAGGCCCUAUUUCCAACAUUUCUGUUCUGCUUUUUUCCAACUGCUAACUAGAUACAGAGUCUACAAGGACCUUGUGAUACCAUUUGGUCUCUUCUGUGUUCUGUCCACCUUCAGUUGUUUUGCAGAUGGUGUGCUGCAUAGCCUGCCUGAUAACUAUGUAGUGGUAUUCUUGGCAUCAUCAUGUUCUCCAGUGCUCAACAGGCACACAGACUAUGCCAGGGAAGUCCCGAGUCACUUGCAACCAUGUGCCUCAAUAUCAAAUUCCAGAUAUUUGCUCUUUCCAACAGCACAGGGUGGUGUUCCUGGGGUACUUGGAGGACCCCAACUGCUAGCAUGUUGGUCCCAGGUAGAUUCAAGGCACUUUAAGCUGUCGGGCUCCUGUGAAGGGGCAGAAACACCCAUUCUUCUUUUAGACUAAAAAUAUGAAGCACCGCCAAUGGAGGUAGAGGGGCAGAUCAACCCAUGUAUCAGAUUGUCCCUGCGAUGUUCCUUGAGGGCUGCUGAUUUGAACCAUAACAAAGCCUAGAUGCUCCAAAGACCAUCAAAGAACUUGGUGGGCAGGAGGUGCCACCUCCUGCAGAGGAGGUUAGAGAAGCCUAUAGAUCUGCCUCUGCAAACUGUUCACAGUUCCCCUCAGCGUUUGGGGUUAAAACAGAAACUGCAGGGUGGCCAUGAGGUCACAUCUUGUGACACGUAGGUAGCUGCAAGGAGGCUGUGAGGUCAAGCCCUGUCAUAGUCUGAGGGCCAGGCUCUAUGGUAAUCAGCUCAGGACCUGAGAAGACCUGAGCUAACUGUUUCGGAGCAACAAGAGCAAGACUCUUCCACAACAGAGAAAAAGCCAGGAGCGGCCACAAUGAAGGCUAGGAAAUUAUCUCACUGAGAAGGUGCAGACCCAUAGCUCUGGACUGGGUAGCUAGAGAAGAGAUGGUGUCAAAAGAAGACCUUAUCAACAGUUCAGUGAUCAU